ACUUCCUCGUUUCUGUACUUCCUUUCUCGGUGUGUGUUCCAAGGGAGAGGUCCCUGUUUCGUUUCGUAUCGUCGCUUUAACAACGAAGGAAGUACCUGUCUCCUUCUUUGCUUACGAACUGUGUUCGGUGUUUCCGGAAAGUGAAUUUCCCUAGAUAUUUCCCCCGUGGUCAACAUGGUGCGCCUUUUGGCUUCCACUCUGGUGCCGCUGGCGGCAGGUCUCGCCUGCUUGUCUGGCGCGAAUGCUAAGGGUGUUCCUCCGCCUCCACCCGUGGUCCAAGAAGUGUGCGAGACUGUUCCGUACCAAGUUCAGGCGACUUGCUACAAGGAUGUGACAAAGAAGAAGCCGUAUUCCUGUCCAGAAACUAUGGAAAAGGAGGUUUGCAAAAACGUUCCGGUUCAAGUGCCGGACACCUGCUACAAGCAGACAAUGCAGCGGGUCCCGUACUCGUGCCCUAAGACUCAGUACAAGACCGAAUGCUACGAGGUGCCGAACACGUGCAAAAAGACCGAGUACAACACCGAGACCUUUGAGUGCGGCAAGGAGGUUUGCAAGAAGGUCCCGGUCGAGGUUCCCGACACUUGCUACAAAACCGUGAUGGAGAAGGAGGCUUAUCCGUGCACGAAGUCGAAGGCCGAGCAAUUUUGCUCCGAAGUGCCCUACACUGUCAACAAGACAUGCUACAAGGAAGACUCCAAGACGGUGCCGUAUGCAUGCACGAAGACUGAAUACAAGAAGCAGUGCCACCAAGUGCCGUUCCAGGUCGACAACACCUGUUACAAGACCGUGAUGAAGCCGGAGGAGUACAAGUGCAGCAAAACCACGUACGAAGACAGCUGCACCGAUGUCGCUGUCCAGGUCCCCGACACCUGCUACCGCACUGUCGAUCAGAAGAAGGCUUACAAGUGCAAGAAAACGCUGACGAAAAACCAAUGCACGAAGGUUCCAGUCCAGGUUCCAAGCACAUGCACGAAGACGGUGAUGUCAAAGGAGGCGUACGACUGCUCGAAGACCGAGUUCCGCACCGAGUGCACCGACGAAGUCGAGCAAGUCCCGUGCAUGGGCAAAGAGUGCAAGCUGCGCCAGCUGAAGAAGAAGCGCGUCUGCAGGCAGGUCCCGUUCACCAGCAAGAACGUCUGCUACAAAAAUGUGCCCACGGAGCAGACGUACAAGUGCAGCAAGACUGAGUACCAGGAGCAGUGCGAAGAGGUCCCGUACGAGGUUCCCGACACCUGCUAUGAGACUGUGCAAGUCCAGCAGCCGUACAAGUGCUCGAAAACCGAGUACAAACAGUCCUGCAAGAAGGUUCCCGUCCAAGUUCCCGACGUCUGCACCCGCCAAGUGCCCACAAAGGAACCGUACUCCUGCCCUAAGACAGAGUACAAGCAAGAGUGCGAAGACGUUCCCGUUCAGGUACCAGACACCUGCCACAAGCAGGUUCCGAUCAAGGUCCCGUACAGCUGCCCGGAGACCAAGUACCGCACGAAAUGCGAAACCAAGAUGGUGCCAUUCGAGGACACUUGCUACAAGUCUGUCCCGCGCAAGCAGCCGUACAAAUGCUCCAAGACGACCAUGGAGAAACAGUGCGAGUAUGUCCCCAAGACCUGCAGCAAGAAGGUCCCGACCGAAGUCGAGUACCCCUGCCCCCGAAAGGAGUGCAAGAAGGUGCCAUUCGAGGUCGACCACACGUGCUACAAGAACGUCCCCUCCAAGGAGGCCUACAAAUGCUCCAAAACCGUUAUGGAAAACCAAUGCUCCACACAGUCUUACACGGUCCCCAAGACUUGCUACCGCGAGGACGUGAAACAGCAAGCGUACCCGUGCUACGAGACCAAGUACAGGACUCAGUGCAAGUCGAAGAAGAGCAUGCCAGCUCCGAUGCCGAUGUCCAAGUCAGUGCCCGUCAUCGCCACCAAGGGUGGGAUGUAAAAGUACACAUAUCCGAGAAGUGUUUCUCCCGCGUGAUCUGCUGAUUCAACGCUUCGCUAUUUGUGCCACAUAUACAUCCGGACACUAGCUCGUGGGCGUGUGCGCGUUAUAUACAAACAAACGUCGACUGUAAGACAGACACAUUCACUCUUAAGUUC